UUACUUUUCUGGUGUGGUGGGCGUCCAACCAAUAAAGACUAAUUUUAAGUGCCUAAUCCGAAUUGGAAUUGAAUCCGGAAAUUCGAAUUUUAGAACUCCAAACCCUUCUCAAAUUCGACAACUUGUCUUUAUCUGUCGCGUGGAAGAGCCUUAAAGUACUCUAUAGACACAUAAUUUUUCCGCUCGAAUCCCCUCUUCAUUUGGAGGUAUAAUUGUUAUUUUUGCUGAUAGAAUUAAGGGAUUUGAGGAAUAAUUUAGAAAGAUGUUUAAUGGAACGAUGGAUCCGGAGUUAAUGAGAAUGGCUCAGGAGCAGAUGAGUCGCAUGUCACCCGCUGAUCUGGCUAGGAUUCAACAACAGAUGAUGUCCAAUCCGGAUCUAAUGAGAAUGGCUACUGAAAGCAUGAAAAGCUUGAGGCCAGAAGAUUUGAAGCAAGCUGCAGAACAGUUUAAGCAUACCCGUCCAGAGGAGAUGGCGGAGAUUAGUGAGAAGAUGGCCAAAGCAUCACCUGAUGAUAUAGCUUCCAUGCGUGUGCGGAUGGAUGCUCAGGUUUCUUAUGAGAUAAAUGCAGCCGAGAUGCUGAAGAAUCAGGGGAAUGAACUUCACAGUCAGGGCAGGUACAAAGAGGCCCUGCACAAAUAUUUGCAUGCUAAGAAAAACCUGAAAGAUAUUCCUAUCUCAAAAGGCAGGAGUCUCCUGUUGGCGUGCUCUCUUAAUAUGAUGUCAUGUUACUUGAAAACCAGGCAGUAUGACGAGUGUAUCAGGGAAGGCACAGAGGUUUUAGGAUAUGAAGCAAAAAAUGUCAAAGCCCUUUACCGAAGGGGUCAAGCAUAUAAAGAAUUGAGGCAAUUUGAAGAUGCAGUGUCUGACUUGAGUAAAGCUCACGAAGUUUCUCCUGAGGACGAAACUAUUGCAGAUGUCUUAAGGGAGGUGAAGGAAAGAUUGAGCAAACAAGGCAGUGAGCGUCCUUCAAGAAGAUUGGUUAUUGAAGAAAUAAGUGAAGACGAAACUGUUUCUUGCAACAACCAUGAAAGUUCACCGUCAGAAAUUUAUGAACCACCACAAGAAACCAGUCAAUGCUCUACGAGUCCAACUGAGAACCUUAGGGGUCCUUUAUCUACGAAUCCCGAGCAUUUGGAGGCACUAAAAGAUGAUCCUGAAUCCGUCAGAUCCUUCCAAAACUUUAUUUCUCAAACUGAUCCUGAAACCUUAUCUGCCAUUAAUGGCGGAAGAGUUGACGGCAUGUCUCCUGAUAUGGUAAAGACUGCUUCGAAUAUUAUUGGCAAGAUGUCCCCUGAAGAACUUCAAAAAAUGUUUCAGAUGGCUUCCUCCUUCCAAGUGAAAAACCCAAUAUCCAGCCCCGGAUCGGUACCACUGGACAUGACACCUGACAUGCUUAAGACCGCAAGUGAAAUGAUGGGUAAGAUGCCACCAGAAGAACUUCAAAAAAUGUUUGAAAUGGCCUCCUUUUUGAAGGGUAAAGAGGCGGGAUCAUCAACAGCAUCUUUACGUUCUAGUUCUGGCUCAGUUCCACCGGAUGUGACGCCUGACAUGCUGAAGAUGGCAACUGGUAUGAUGGGUAAGAUGUCAGCAGAGGAACGUCAAAAAAUGUUUGAAAUUGCAUCAUCUUUGAGAGGGACAGAUACGGCAUCAACAUUAGAUUUUCAUCCUAAUGGAUUCACGUCAGAUGAUGAUUCUAAAGCUAAAGAAGAUUUCAGAGCAAAUGGUGAUCAUGUUGGUGAAAGUAGUUUUUCUCAGAGUUUGCAUUCAAGAAGUGUGCCUCCAUCAAGCUUGUCAAGUUCAAGUACUAACCUGCAGGAACAAAUGAGAAACCAAAUGAAAGAUCCAGCUAUGCGACAGAUGUUCACGUCCAUGGUUAAAAAUAUGAGCCCAGAAAUGAUGGCAAACAUGAGCGAACAAUUUGGUUUCAAGCUUUCGCAGGAGGAUGCAGAAAAAGCUCAACAAGCCAUGUCAUCUCUGUCACCCGAUGCCUUGGAUACAAUGAUGAAAUGGGCGGAUAGAAUUCAACGUGGUGUAGAAGGAGCUCGGAAGACAAAAAAUUGGCUUCUGGGAAGAUCCGGGAUGAUUUUGGCAGUAGUUAUGCUCCUUUUCGCAUUCAUCCUUCACUGGUUUGGCUUCAUCGGUAAGUAGAUGGGGCCCUUUCUGUUUGACACAGUGACAUUAUUAAGCUGAUCCCAGGCACAAGGAUUCUUGUCUAAAUACGUUUGCUCAAAAGAAAAGUUAAGAGAAAGAGGUUGCAGGUUAAAAGGUCAUUGAACUAGAUGGGGAAUUUAGAGGUAUAACCAGCAACUGUUCUUCUUUAUUAGCAUUUGCUUUAGUCAAGCGUUUUUGUUUUAACCGAUAUAAUUGUAUGUUCAUUGUGAUUGUUUAUUUUAUCGCGAAAGUAAUCUUGCAAGAGAGAAGAACUUGCUCUACUCACAAGUCAUAUCAUUAGGUAAUAAUGCAUUUUUAAGAUGUUGUAUCAUAGAUUUUGACUCUGAUGAAUCCUCAACGGAUAUUCGUAUUUUUGAAUUGUGACUAAAGAUUUGUUUAAUCAA